AUGGCCGAGGUUCAGACUCAGACCACCAAGUCCAAGGUCGAAGAAGAUCAACAACAAGCUCCACUCUACGGAGACAUCCUAGAAUCCAUCCUCUCUCACGUCCCUCUCCUCCACCUCGUCCCUGCCUGCCACGUGUCCAAGUCCUGGAGCCACGCCGUCUCUUCCUCCCUCCGCCACUUCCACAGAAACAUCAAGCCCUGGCUCAUUGUCCUCACUCAGACCACCAGGUACCCCUACGUCACCUCCGCACGUGCCUACGACCCCGCCUCGCAAGUGUGGAUGGACAUUCAUCCGCAGCCGUCCGAUAUCCCGUCCAUCCCCAUCCUCCGAUCCUCGCACUCCACUCUCCUCUACAUGCUCUCCCCCUCCAAGUUUGCUUUCUCAACCGACCCCCUCCACCACACGUGGCACCACGCGGCAGCCCCGCUCGUCUGGCGAACCGACCCGAUUGUUGCGCUGGUGGGCCACCGGAUCAUCGUCGCUGGCGGCACGUGCGAUUACGAGGACGACCCCCUCGCGGUGGAAAUGUACGACGUGACGACCCGCACGUGGGACACGUGCGACUCCAUGCCCGCUAUUCUCAAGGACUCCGCGGCCUCCACGUGGCUCUCGGUGGCCGUCGAUGACAGCAAAAUGUACGUGACGGAGAAAAUCUCCGGCGUGACCUACUCGUUUGAUCCGAAUUCCAAGGAAUGGUUUGGACCGUACGAUCUGGGCCCCGACGGAAGCGUAUUUAGCUCCGUGAUCGGAUUCGCAAACGGCCGUUUGAUUUUGGUGGGUGCGGUGGGAAAUGCGGAGAAUUUGAAGGGCGUGAAGGUGUGGGAAGUGAAGGGAGCUUCGCUUGAGCGCAAGGAGAUGAUGGGGGAGAUGCCGGCGGAGAUGGCGGAGAAGCUGAAGGGGGAGAGCGGUUGCGUGGCGUCGAUCGGGAUGAGUUGCAUGGGAAAUUCGGUGUGCUUGCAUAACCCGGCGGAACCAGCGGAGAUUAUCAUCUGCGAGCUCGAGGGCGGAGGAUGCAGGUGGGUAAGCGUACAUAACGACGUCGUGAAUGACGGGAGCCGAAUGCAGAGGUUGGUGGUGACGUGUUCGAAUGUUGGUUUGCCGGAUUUGCAUAAAGCCGUACAAGUUGGAGCACUGAGAAUCGUGUGA